GUCCAACUAUUAUUAAAUGUACAUUACAAAAUGUUUAUAGAUGUUAAAUAUUAAAAUUUCUGCAAUGCAUAUUUGUAUUAAUUAAAAAAACAUGGUAAAAGUCACGUAAUCAUCUCGAUAUAGAAUAAAUUACCAUGUUAUUCCAAAGAUUGUAAUUGAAGUUUAAAAUCCUCGUUGUUGGAGCACAUCUUUAAAUUUUAUUGAAUUUUUAUAUUUUUUUUAUCAAAGACAAAAUGGCAAAGUAUUAUGAAUCGACAACAGUGUUUAAUUUUAGUUGGGACCAAGUUGCUCAAGGAUUUUGGAAACGUUAUCCUAAUCCACAUAGCUCACAUGUUUUAUCAGAAGAUACAAUAACACGAGAAGUCAGAUCUGGGAAACUGUUCACUAAGAGAUUGUUAACGAAAACAAAUCGUGUUCCAAAAUGGGGUGAACGGCUAAUAAGUAAGAAUACUGUAAAAAUUGUCGAAGAAUCGAUCAUAGAUCCCAAUGAAAAAGUACUGAUUACUUAUACCAGAAAUCUCGGAUAUGCACGAAUUAUGAGUGUCAUUGAAAAAGUAGUAUAUAAAAUAAAUACUGAAAAUCCCAACACAACAAUUGCUGUUCGAUCUGCAUGGAUUGAUUCAAGAGUAAUGGGUUUGGGUCGAGCUAUUAAAGCAUUUGGACUCGAUAGGUUUAGAAAAAAUUGUUCUCAAAUGGUAAAUGGCUUUGAUUAUGUUUUACACAAUAUGUUUCCAAAGAUGCAACCACCAAAUUCACAAUCGCAUACAUCUCCAUUAUCGACAGCAGAAAAGCUAAAGGAUGCAGCUCGGAGUGCGUCUGAUUUAGCAAAAUCAAAGGCUAAACCAAUUUAUGCGUCGUGUCAGGCAAAUCAAUCUUAAGUUUUUUUAUUAUUAUUAUUAUUUUUUUGUUAAUCGCAAACAAGGUAACUAUUUUUUGUUUUUGUAAAUAUGACUUUUCCUGUAUAAUUUUUUCCUCUUUUUACAUUGAAAGAAAAAGACGUAAGUUGACUAAGUUUACAAUUUUCCAUUAAUUAUACGAUGGAAUUAUAAUUCGUGCAUAUAUUAUUCAUUAAUUAAUUGUAUAUUUUAAAUUUAGUAAGUAAUUAAAAAAAAAAAAAAAAGUAAAAAUUGUACAAAUGGUUUUGUUGCUUAGAUUUUUAUUAUAUGUUUUCGAUUAUUUUCAUUUUGAGUCCAUACAGGGUGUUAUGGAGUCAUUCAUAAAAUAUGUCACGUUAAAUUUCGUUUUUGGUGAUUCAGUCCUUCGGAGCAUUGGUAACCUAAAGAAAAAAAUAAGAUUAACAAUGAACUGCGAAUACCACGUCUUCUUUGAGUUCUAUUCUCUUCUAUCACAUUUCGCCAUCCAAUGUGACGUGUAAUGUGACAAUGCAACACCCCUCCUUCGCCUUUUACGUGACGUUUUUUAUAAAUGGCUUUUAAGUAAAAAACAGGCCAAAAUUUUUUCUCGUACUUAAAUAAAAACAAAUACCAAGGGAAAAUAUGAGUUCAGAAAGAAAGGGAAAACGAAUUUAAUUUUGAAAAAUCGGAAAUACUUUGUUUUAUGAAAAACUGUGUUUGGCACUUUUUAGAAAAUAAUCUGUCCGUUAAAACUGGUACAGCAAAAUCGAAAAAAAAGAUUUUAAAGUUCUUUCUUAUUUGGAUUAAUCGACUAAGUCGUCUGAUUUAUAAUUUAAGUACUAGCGUACACUUAGUCUGAAAUAUUUGAAGUUCGAAAUUGUAGUUUCUUCGCGUUUCUAGAAUUAUGAAAUAAAAGCUUAAUUUUUCUUAGAAAACGGUACCAUCGGCGUUGUAACAAACUUAUCAUUCAUACUUUUUUCUUUGAAAUUUAUCGGAAUCCUUUAGUAUUAUUUUCAUUUCAAUUGUUGAUGUUGAGAGAUUACUUAUCAAAUUCAAAUGAUUUAAGUACGAGAAUAGCAAAUAAUAAUUGAUUAAAUUAAAAAUUGAAAGAAUGAAACUAAGUUCUUAACGAGCUUUAAAUGGGAUCUUUUCAUAAUGGUGUCUCGGUCAAGAAAAUUUCACCUUUAAAUCUAUAAAAUCUGUAUUGUAAACUAUCGAGUUUGCGAGUGCCAUUUUUAUAAAAUUUUGUAUGAUUUUU